UGUCUUUUGAAAAAAUCAAGUUGAAAUAAUAAUAAAUAACCACUGAUUCAUCCCAAUCCCUCUGUACUGAAAUCAUUUUUUACAAUUACAAUGGCAAUGAGAUCCGCACUGAGUCGAAGUAACGUGACUCGUUCGAUGGAUUCAACAUCUCGCGGAGCUUUCACUCGCUUCUUCAGCGACAAAGGUAAGGUUCUUAGCGAAGAAGAACAAGCCAAAGAAAACGUCUACAUUCAGAAAUGGGAGAGGGAAAAGUUGGAGAAACAGAAGCAAGAGGCCAGCAAGGCUAGGGCUGAGAAACACAAAGAUGCUGCUGAUAGCAAGAAAUCUGACGGGUCGCAAAAGAACUGACUUUAUCGGUCAUGCCAGCUGUGAAGGUCGCUUAUGGGAAGUAAUCAUGGGCAAUAAAACACAUUGACUCUGAGUGAACUGUGGUCAUUGUAUAGACUGUGUGUUUUCGUUUAUCAGUAGUUUCUUCAAUGGUGAUGGAUGAGACCAUUUUGUUUGCAUCCAACAAGUUUGGUACAUUAUGUCCUUUUCUGUGUUUUUUUACUUUUAUGAGCUCAGUGCUAAACAAAUUAGUAAUCACUAA